GGGUUGCUUUAGGAUGGCACUUCACUCUUCAGGCACAAGCUGCCAGCAGCUCCUUGGCAGCUGCAGCCCAUGCCAGCUGUACCAGGGCUGCCCACAAUUUCCUCAGGCCCUGGGAAUGCGAUCAGAAGCUUCCAAAAGUCCCCGGUGUCCUUGCCUUGCUGUCCAAGCCCUGGAGACGCAGCUGAGGACAUUCUGCUUUGUGUCUCUAGGACGUAUGUCUACGAUUACAACAAUAACAGAUGGUAAGAAUGGAUCCGUUCCAUCAUCCAUGAGAAUGGGCAAGAAAUCAGUUACAGAAGACCUUGUGACAACAUUCAGCUCCCCAGCAGCAUGGCUUCUUGUUGUGGCUCUGAUUGUUACCUGGUCAGCAGUAGCUAUUGUAAUGUUUGACUUGGUGGAUUACAAAACCCUUGCAGCCAGCUAUUCACAACAUUGCGAUGAUCCCUGUUUACCACCUGGAAGAUCUGUUAACAAGCUCAGCACAGAACCACUGAGAAUCAUUCAUGAGACAUUGGAAGAAUCCACUGAUUGGCUUUAUGGCUUUAUUUCUUUACUGUCUGACAUCGUAUGGAGUGACGAUGAUGACAGUGAUGAAGGUGAAGUGGAAUCUUCCUUGAUAAAAGAAAUUCAUAAAGAGAAAACAGAGAGAUAUGAAAAACGAACAACGCCAAAAGUAAUUCACAGAGAAAAGCCACAAAAACAAGAAAGAAAUGAAAGGAAGGAACAUCUGAAAGUGACACACAAAGACAGAUCAGAAAAACAAGAAAAACCUGAAAAAAGAGAGAGGCAUACAGUAAUUCACAGAGAGAAAUCUGAAAAGUCAGAAAAGCAUGAAAAAAAAGCACCUCCUAAAGUAAUUCAGAAACACAAACUUGAAAGACAUGAAAGAACUGAAAAGAAGCCUCCUCCCAAAGAGGAGAAGAAAGUAAAGAGCACCAAAGUGGAAACAAAAGUUAAAAAGGAAGUGAAGGAUGGAAAAGCAGAAGCAAAGAUGGCUGAGAAGGUCAAGCAGACAGAGACUAAAACAACAGAAGUUGGGUUAAUAAAAGCCAAACCGAAAUUUAAGGAGGAGAAAGCUCUUCAGACUCUUACUAAAUCGGAAAAGAAAGAUCAAUAUGCAUUCUGUCGCUAUGUGAUUGACAUGUUUGCGCACGGGGAUUUUUAUCCAGGACAUAAGGAAAUGGUAUCACCUCGUCUUCUUCUAGAACAUAGUCCAAGAAAGAAACCAGCAGCUAUUGAAGAGAGGAAGGAGGAAAAGAAAAUGAUGGAUGUAAGGAGGACUACCACUGAAACUAAGAAGAAAGAAAAAGAAGUAAAAAAAGAGAAAGCUCAAGAGAAGACAGCCACCCCUGAAAUUAAAAAAGCAGGGACUCAAGGGCAUGAAAGGCACUAUGUGAGCUUAAAGGGAUAUGUUCUUAGAGAUAAAAAAGAAGCUGCUGUUACCAAAGAACCCAGAAAGCCAGCAAAAGCCCCUUCAGCUUCUCCAGCCACUAAAAAAACAGCAGCACCAGAGCAACACAAGAAAGAAAAAAUUGUGGAAACUGCAUCUGUGGAAACUCUGAAGUCAAAAACAGUACAUGAAAAGAAGGAAGAAAAAGCAACAAAGGCAGCAGAGCAAGAUAAACCAAAGAUGAAACAUGCAAAUCCUGGAAAAGAGAAAGAACUGAAAUAUUCUGCUGCUACCAAGGAUAAAGAACGUGAUAAAGAAAAGGAAGGAAAGAAUUCUACAGCUUUGAAAGAUAAAGAAUCACUGAAAGGAAAAAAUCCCAAGAAUCCAGAAGGGUCAAAGGAAAAAGGGACUGGUAAAAGAAAAGAUGCAAUGCCUCCAACAGUCUUAAAGGAAAAGGACUCUUCAAAAGGAAAGGAAAUGAGAGUUCCAGCUAUGACAAAGGAGAAAGCUGCAGUGAGGAAGCAAGAGGAGAAGAAAGGCACUUCAGAGAAACCUCACGAACACAAGCACGAACAUAUUAAACAUGAAAAAUCAAUCUCUCACACUAAGCCAGAGGAGAAAAUUAAACAACAAAAGACAGCUCCCACCGAGAAGUCAGUCCAGGCAAAGCCAGCAAAGCAUGAAGCAGUCAGGCAUGAAAAAGAUGUUCCAUCUACAAAGCCAGUCAAACUGAAAACAACUGCAAAGUCAACAGGUGAAAUCCCAAUAACAGCCCCGAAAAAAAGAAAGACGUCUAAGGAAAAAGAAGAAAAAGCAACUGAGAAGAAACAUCUGAAAGUUGAAAAACACAAAGGAGGUCCACCAGCAAAAGAAGCUCCAAGACACCACAACCUGACAUCAGCUCCUGUCCGCUACUUUCAAUGUGUUUUCAUAAAUGGACCUAACGGAUUUGGACUGCAGCUUCCUACCAACCCCUCCUCAGACAAGGAAGAAAAGAGUCACUCAAAGAUUUCCAAGAGAAAGACAAGGAAACCAGGGCAGUAGAGAGACUGAGUCCUGUGAUUGCUCGCAUUUUGCACAUUAUCUUUUCUGCUGAGGUCCACAGUAGUCACAGUGGUACUUGUCAUUGCAAGAAUGUGAUCCACUUGGCACAUGUACCUGGAAAAGUUUCCAUGAGACACAGGCAAAGCAAACAGUAAUAAGCUGUGUUUGACAAAGGUAGAGAAGUAAAAGCACCCCAUUUCUCAUGUGGAAAUGCUGCUAACAAAGCAUUGGCCUGAUUGUGUGUGUGAGCGUGUGUGUGAUUUCCUGCCUCUUUUGCUCCUCCUUUUUUUCUUUACCUGCUCAGCAUUAACGUCAGUCUGUUUUUCAUUUAUUCUUAACUAGGGAGUGAGAGGUUGAACAUAGCUUUUAUAUCAGCAAGAUUGCAAGACUACCUGCAAUUCUAAAUCACUUCUUCGUAAAGUUCAAUCAAAUUGCUGACAGGAGAAAGCCUCACUAAAUCAUGAAAAUGUGCCCUGCAACUGGUGCUAUUUUUAUGUCUCAUUGACCAGUGUGGUUUGAAGUUCACAAUUGCUAUCAGCAGCUCAGCAUACUACCAGUAAGUUGAUUCUUCAAGUCAUGCUAAUGAUGAAUAUUUCUGUUUAGCCUGAAGCAGUUAAAGACACUGUGUGUUUGACCUGCCUGCUGGCAAAAUACAAAUAGUUCACGUUAUAAAGCCCAAAUUGAGAAGAGAAAGUAAAACAACAUGGCAAAGGUGAGAAAAAUCGAUGUUUUAUCAACAUGAAGAUCCCAAGAAACAAGCAAAACAAAACAAAAAUUUUUCCUGUGGGCAAAUCCGAUCAAUUUGCAGCAAAAACCAUGAAAAUUGAGAAUAUACCAGCCAAUCAUUUGCUGUUAGCAUAAGAUGAAAAGCUGUGAUGUAUGAUGCUGGUCACAACAUGAAACCAAUCCAAAUACCCAGUGGUAUACGUGCCAGUUUGUUACAGUGUAAACUGCUAUGCGUUUUCUCAAGCGUCUGUAUGUUUGCAUUUAAUAUGAAAGGUACGGCAGUGAUCUUAGAGACAUAGCUACCAGCUGAAGGAGUAUGAUGCUCAUUGUACAACUGGAUACUUGCAGAAUCUGAUCACACCUGUAACAAUCCAUUGCUCUAUUUUCUGCGUAAUUCUAGGCAAUAUCACUGCUUUACCCCAUUCUCUCUGCCUGCCAACCCAUUCAUAUCUAAAUUAAAUAAUUGACUCACAUGUGUUUCAGACAACUGAAUCUCUGACAAACUCAUGCAAUUCAGAUCGCUUUGUUGUUGCGCAGCUGAGUCAAGUUGACACUGAUUAUUGAUCAUGGCCUCAUGUAGACUGAGAUGCAGUCCCAUAUUGUAUAUGUCCUUUGCUGUAAAAUCUGUGAUUGCAACAAGCAGCUUAGACAGUGGUUUCUGAAAAGAGAUAGGAACAUUCUCUAUGAGUAGCUCUUCCCACACUGGAGCACAUGGCAGACAAAAAAGUUCAGGCCUCCGCUGUUACCUGUGAAAUCAGUUUUGCAGAUGUACAGGGAUAUAGAGCUGUUGGCAGAGAAUAUUUCAUGAUAAAAUGUCACUUGUUAAUUUUCUUUCAGUAGGCCUUUUUAUAUUUCCAGUGUUGCUUUGUUUUGGUGUUUUUUUCCCCCAGUUUAUGAUUAUGUGUAUAAUACUAUGGAUGUUAGUGCCCUCGGCUUUUAUUGUGAAAGCUGUCUUAAAAUAAGACUAUAACUUUCCAGAAAUCAUUUAAUUUAGUUUAGGACUUUAUCCAACUUCAAUAUUUUACUGCACUAUAAGCCUUCAUUCUUUUCAACUUCUUUUACCACAUUCAAUUCCAUACACUAUGAUUAGCCAUAACACUUUUUCUCAUUUGAGUUGAGAGAUGGCAAGGUUAUGUUUCAUGUAUCAUUCCCAUAAUGUCUCAGCUAUACAUCUGAGUGCUCUGUAAACAGAAAUACUGAAUAUCACUGAAAAAGUAAUAUAAAAUAAGCUAUUUAUUUUUCUUCCCUAAUAUCAAUCUGAUUUCCUCUAAGAACAGAGGAAACGUUUGCGCUCCCAAAAUGGCAAGCAUUUUUCUCUUUAAAUUCAACUGGAACCUUAAAAAGUAUUAUGUGAAUUGCAUGGCUUUAGUCAAAUUAGCCUGAAGUAUUUCAAAAUCAUAUGCUGAUUGUUAUCUGUUUUGAGAAAUAAAGAAUAUGUACUCUGUU